AUGGACGUCAAGAAGCGCGGACUACUUAGCGUCGCAUACGCUGGCGUGGGCGUGGUCUUCACCGCAGCUGCCAGGUUUGACUGGCUGUCCAAGGGCGCGGCCGCCUCGCUCCUCUCGCUCGUGUGGUUGGGCUUCGUGCUCGCCAUCUCCUGCACCGAGUCGUGGGUCAAGUUCCGCGCUCCGUUCAUGCCACGCCACCUGGCAUUGGACUUGGGUCGUACCAUGUUCGCGGCGCUCAACUCGGUGGAGAUCGGGCUUUGCGUGGGGCUCUGGCUGCCGCAUUUCCUCGUUGCGUCUGAUGGGGGAGAUGCUGUGUGGCGCCUCGUCCUUGCCACGCUGCUACUGGCCGUCCAGGCUGCGUGGCUCUACCCGAAGCUGCAGCUCACGGCCGAGUUUGCUUUGUAUGAAGCGCUCAAGGAGAUGGACGACGACAGUAUGUCAUUCAACCAGAAGAUGCAGUUCGGCGAGAUUAGACACCAGGUCCAGAUCCAAGAUCGUCCAAGGGCGAUCUACCACAUCCUCUACGUCGGCGCCGAGUUCGUCAAGAUCCUGACGCUUGUCAGCUUCGCGUUGCACUUCCUCAAGGCCAUCCCCGCGUGAGCUCAGUAGGAAGUUUUUUUUGCAUACUUUGUUCAAGAUACCUCGUAAUCGUUCAGUCAUUGGUUGAAAUUUUG